CCGAAACCUAAUUUUAAAUAUUUACAAUAAAAACUCACUUCAAGAUUAAUUUAAAGCUAUGAAUUUUUGGAUGGCUUCUAAAAGGGAACAUAAUGGAAGAUACAAACGUUGAGCUGAACAAAGAGAACCUUGUUGAGUAUCUUCGAGAUGACGAUACGUUUGUGGAAUACUUUAACACAUUUCUUUCAUUGCCAUGCUUUCAAACAAGAAUUUACUACGACAAACAAUCUGGCCUUUUGGAAGAAUUUACACAGAAACUAGUCAAAGAUGAUUGUGGAAAUAUUCAAAAGAGACACGAUCCAACCAGAAACGAAGUUCAGAUCAGUUACUGUGUCACAGUUCUCGAUCACCAAUCGACUUUAAAAUGGUUACAAAAGUACAGAUUAGAUGAAUUCGUGAGAAGUAUGAUUUUCGCAGAAUACAAGUUAUCAAAAGCUCUUUCAUCGGCUCAGGCAAAUUAUUUCGAGAGAAUCACUGGAAAUAUCUCACGAGGAAAAACAUUCAUUACUGAAAUGAAAACAUGUGGAAUCUCUUCUAAAGAAAGUUUCAACAGUCAUUUGGACGACCAGUUUAGAAGUACGAGUCCCUCAAGCACAGAGAAACAAUCUUACAAAAGCAACGACAAAACAAGCGGUGACAUCAUCUCAGGUGCUGACGUCAGAACUAUUGACGUAAGAGAAGAUGUUUACGGUGCUUCAAAUGAUGAAGUGCUAACAUUAAAUGUCUCGGGUAACAGUAAUAAAGGAAAAGGAUUUGAUGAAGACGAAAAAUCCAAGAAUGAACAUUCAGAUGACUUUGUUGAGCUUAAAAAUGAUGAAUUGGUAAAGAAAAGAAACGAUGGAGAUUGUUUCUUGCAAAAUACAACAAGUUCGUUGGAUUCUUUGCAAUAUAACGGUAUUUCAGUGGAAAGCGAUCGAAAAAUCAAUGAUAACGACGUUAAAAGGAAGGCCUUGCUUUCAUCAAAAACAGCCAUGGACAAGUUCAAAGACUUCCUGGUCGACACUAAAGGCGAAAGUUUGCUUCUGCUUUGGCUGCAAAUUGAGUAUUGGAAACAUAUUAAAAAUAGCGAAGAAAGAAAAAGAUAUGUUCAGGAAAUGAAACAACAAUAUGGUUCGCCAUUGGAGUUACCACGUAAGAUAAAGAAAGACAUGUUAUCAGGAUUAGCUGAAGAUAUGAAUGAAGCACAGAGAAUCGUUGAAGAAACAUUGUUAAACUAUUGGUGUAAAAGGUUCACGUUGCAUGAAGUAAAUAUUUCGAAAAAAGUUCAUUCAUCUUCAAAAAUGUCCCCAUCAAUACACUUUUGUACACCGAUACAUAUUUCACCAUAUCCCACCAACGCUCAAUACAUCCCUAGACCACACUCAUACAACACACCACAAUCCCUCAACGCUCAAUACAUCCACAGACCACAUUCAUACAACACACCAGAAUCCCUCAAUGCUCAAUACAUCCACAGACCUCACCCAUACAACACACCACAAUCCCUCAACGUUCAAUACAUCCCUAGACCACAUUCAUACAACACACCACAAUCCCGUAUAGUGAGUUAUUCCAGCAGAAGUUCACAUUGGGAAAGCAACAUAUCAUUACAACACGUGAGUCGCACGUGCAACAAAUGGAAACCGACCCAACUGAGAUCAAAGUCUGCACGUGGACGCAAAGUGACGACGCCUUAUCACACGAACGCUGGGAAGCGACAGCUUGAGAUCUACGCAACGCCAGAGAAGGAAGAAUUCGGAUUUCAAAACGACCAAUCAGCGCGUUUCCAAGAUGUUGUGACGUGGAAUAUUUUUCACCAAUCAGACUUGUCAUUGCUCCGAGAAUCGCGCCUAGUUUGAGUAGAGUCUUGGAACAAAGGUGGUAUGGCGUCAUGGACGAUGCGCGUGGACAGCAGUCACGUGAUUCAGUCGAGG